AUCUGUUAAUUCUACCUCCCACAAGCAAAACCCCAAAAUUAAAAACCAUCACUUCUCCUUCUCUUAUCAGGAUAACGGAAAACCCUCUGGCCUCUGCUCGCUGAAGAGUUCCCACCUUCAAAUGGCCUUUUCUUCUGCGAUUUUCACCUCUUUCUUCUCCCCUAAAGCUGGGACUUUACUCAAUCCUUCUCCUUCCUCUUCCUGUCUGCUUCCCGCUUCUCCUUCUCCAGCUACCGUGCGCAUGUGGCGCACUGUCACCUGUGCUACUGUGUCGUCGCAGCAGCAGGAACGGCGUCCCCGAGGCAUUAUGAAGCCCCGUCCCGUCAGUCCAGAAAUGGCCGAGUUUGUUGGUGCAUCGGAGAUCCCUCGCACCCAAGCGCUUAAGCGUAUUUGGGCCUAUAUUAAGGAGCAUAAUCUUCAGGACCCUAAUGACAAGAAGAUCAUAAUUUGUGAUGAGAAGCUGAAGAAGAUAUUUGGUGGUAGGGACCGAGUUGGGUUUCUCGAAAUUGCAGGAUUGAUUAGUCCUCACUUUCUCAAAUAAAUGUUAGGAGGUCUGGUUUGAUGUUCAUGGAUCAUGUGCCGGAGCGAUCUUUUUGGGUGACAACAAAGUGAAAAUUAUGCCUGCUGCUUUCUGCAAUGUUAUUGUUUUGAGCUUUAUUAGUGUUGGUACAUAGCCAGCCUUGUUAAGUUGUUUUUUCUUAGAUUCCUUGAAUCUCUAGGUUUUAAAGAAUUUGAUAUCAUCCGGAAUUUACAAUGUAUGCAUUGUUGGACAUCUUUUAACAUGUGUUGAAUUAUGCAUACAAGUUCAAUUC